UGGUAACUUCAGUUUGGUGUGUCUAGUUGCGUGUUGCUUUUCGCAGAAGUUGUUCCCUUUUUUGGCCAAAUGAGUUUUAUGCGGGAAGUGGUGGAGCUCGCCACCGUGAAUAGGAAUGCAGACAUACGAAAGAAUGUGCAGAAGCUCACGGAUGAGAUAAAGAAGUUCCAGGACAACGUGAGGAGCUUCGUCAACAACAAGUAUGUUGACUUUCUUCCGGAGCUGAAUGAGUAUGACAAGUACCACGGAAGCUGCGAGAGUCUCUUCGCCAGUGAGACGGACGAUUUGCUUAGGAUGCUCGAGGAGGAGAUAAAGAUGGAUGUGGCGAGUGAGGAGUUGCGCCAGUGCCAUGAGAAUUUCCAGGAAAUCGCUCAGGGAUUGCGAGUAACACACAAGAUCCUCAAGAUUGAUCAACUGUUCAGUGAUAUUGAGCUGGCCAAGUCCACGCAGGAGCACCUCACUGUGAUGAACCUGCUUUGCGAGCUCAGGAGCCUCAUUCAGGAUCCCACGGACAAUAUCCUGAAGCAUCUCAACUGCUAUGAGAACAUAAAAAUACAAUAUUGCCAAGAGAACGAGUCGAUGCUGCACAAUUUGAAGCUGAAAUUCGAAUCUUUGGUGCAAAUGACUGAGAAGACGUUCCAGAACAUGAAGUGCGUGACGGUGAAGAUCUCGAAGAAUGAGAAUGAAUUGCAUCAGAUUGUCACGGCGCUGGUCAGCACCAAAUACAACUCGCGGAAGAUGUGUGAAUUUCUCAUGGAGAACGUCUUCAGGCCGAUCAUAACUAAACCUGUGUCGCUGGAUGGAGAUAAGGAGACGGAUCCGCAGUUUGUGACUCUGCAGCUGUCGUACAGCUUGAAGGAGAAGGAUGAUCUACGGCCCAACUAUAGGACAGUUUUCCAGCACAUAAAGAGUGCCUUUUCAUGCCUGGGACACAUGAAUAUCUCCAUUUCGGAGAGCGAGUGUGUCUUCAGGAUUCUCAGGGAGUACAUGAAGGAGACUUUUGUGAAGCUAAUCAUGAGUGAGUGCCUUGAUUACUCCAUUCCGGACAACAUGAUGGAGAUGAAUGAGAGCACAUUAGUCGACGACAUCACGGAGUUUAAUGAAUUUCUGGUUGAGAUGCUGUUUCUCAGCGAAGAGGACAGAGAAUUGCUGGAAUAUGCUGAGAAGAUUGAGCUUCUCUUCCGCAAUCGCUUCUUCAGGAACAUCCUGGACAAUGCAGUGGAUAUAAUGCGAAAGGAUUUGCAUGAUAUGAUUCCUGUGGCGGAGAAAUUGGGCGCUGCAGAUGCCGGAGUGUGUGGUCCUGCGAUCUUUCCCAGCUGUAUGGUGUCCAAGAGCACAAUGGAGCUCAUUUCGCUGAUGGAGCGCGUACUGAAGGAGAUUGAGGGCAGUGAGACGAAGGUGGCGCAGGGACUUCUCUCCACCAUUUCCAUCAUCCUCGACAGAUAUUUGACAGAAAUCCCCACAUAUCACGCCAAACUCCUACUCAAUAUUCCCCAGCAAACGGCUCUGUUUCACAACAACUGCAUGUACUUGGCUUUCUGGAUCACAAAGAAUCAGAGCAAGGGCAUCGAAACUGUCUCUGUGAUGGUGAAAUCCCUGCAACAUCUCGGAUCUGAGCAGUUUCUCAAUCAGAUCAAGAAUCAGCGCUCCCAGUUAAUGGACAUUCUCAAGGGAUUCGAUUUAAGCGAUGCAGUGUCUGAAUUGGGCUUGGAGCCAUUCAAAGUCGUCCGUCAGUGCCUUCGGCAGCUGGAUUUGCUGAAAAAUGUCUGGCAAACCAUUCUUCCCGAUGUGGUGUACAACAAAACCAUGGGGAAUCUGCUGAAUGAAUUCUGUAAUGAACUGAUCAGGAGAAUUCUCCUAGUGGAGGAUCUUCCAUCGGCUGUGUCAAAUGGAUUGGUGGAGGUUUGCACGACAAUCAUCGAGAGAGCUCCCAGUAUUUUUCAGGAUCCGCUGGAAAUCAAUACAGCAGUGAAGAGUUGGGGAAAAUUGCAGCAGUUGAAGAUGAUUUUGAGUGCUUCAAUGGCAGAGAUCACAGAGCAGUGGUCGUCGGGAAAGGGUCCCUUGACAAUGAACUACAAGCCCGAGGAGAUCAAGCACCUGAUCCGAGCUCUCUUUCAGAACACCAAUCGCCGGGCUAUUGCUCUCAAUUCCAUUGUUUAG